AUGAAGACUUCUGUCAUCCUCGCUGCCCUGGCCUGCGCCGGCACUGGCCUCGCUGCCCCCGCCGUCGCCGAGCGCCAGGCCGCCAAACCCUGCUUCGUCAUCGGCAGCACAACCCUCCCCAAGGAGGUCUCGGCCGCCGGCGCCGCCCUCGCCAACACCGUGACCUGCUCCCGCACCGCAAAGACCCUAUCCGGCGUCCCGGACGUCACGGCGGGCACCACCUCCUUCUCGGCCAUCGACUUCUCCAAGUCGAAGCAGUCGACCCUGGCCUUCGCCCUCGACAAGUUCGCCACCGCCAGCCCGCUGGCCGGCAACGACCUGAAGAAGUUCCAGAACGAGCUCGACGUGUACGUCGCCACCGAGGUGGGGAUCCGCAGCGUCGGCGGCAACCUGGCCAUCAAGGUGCCCAAGUUCUUCCUCGAGUUCCAGGUGUCGCGCAUCCGCGUCGCGCAGGGCGACACGCCCAAGGAGCCCGGCCUGCAGGUCGACCACCUGCGGGACAAGGUGCUCAAGAACGCGGCGAACCAGGACAAGGCGCUGCUGGACCAGGUCAGGCAGCUAGCUACCGUUCUGGCCUGA